GCUACUCAACCUUUCAGUAGCUAAUCCGCGUCCGAGUUACCCUAGCGCGGUUGAUCAACAUAGAAAUAAGCGGGCGGUGGACUGCUACUAGCUUGACGAUUUCCAGGUUGCAGAGAAAUAGUGAGAAGAAGGGGAGCGGAUUCGGUCAGGCCGAGGUAAUACCGAAUUCCGGCAGCUGUGAGGUGGCGCCGGCCGCCAGGCAGGAUCGAGUACGUACACGACUCGAGCCGCUUCAUUCCAUCCCGUCAGAUGCAUUUACUGGUCAGACGGAAGAGGAGCUCCUUGCCUCCUCGCAAGAAGAUUCAAUAUGUCUAAUUUUCCAUACAAAAGGAUACUACGUUUCCAUUUCCUGCAAAACCCAUCUCUCAAAUCCUUCACAACAGCCUCCACAACCCCACUGCAAUCUUUCACAGCCCAAUACCUCAUAAAGUCAUGUGGACUCCCAUUAGAAACAGCUCUCUCCAUAUCCAAAAGGCUCCACCUUCAAGAAAACAACCUGCAAAAACCUGACUCUGUCCUCACUUUCUUCAAAUCCCAUGGAUUCUCGGAGACACACAUCACAAAAGUAAUUGCAAAGCUUCCUGGCCUCCUCCAAUCCAGAAUAGACAACAAUCUCAAGCCCAAAAUGCAGUUCUUCCUUGCAAUGGGCUUCUCAAACUCAACCCUACCUGAACUGAUUGCAUCAAAUCCUCUCAUUCUGCGAAGAAGCCUGAUCAAUCACCUAAGACCAUCUUUUUAUUUCCUCAAGAGCUUUCUUGAGACGAAUGAGAAUGUCAUAACUGCAAUCAGGCGCUCGAGAUGGUUGCUAACUUAUGAUUUGAAGGGGAUAUUGAGGCCGAAUCUCAAUCUUUUAGUGAAUCGAGGAGUACCAACUUCAUGCAUUUCGAAAUUGAUUCUGAGCAAACCGAGAGCUAUAAUGCUAAAAGUGAACCUGUUUGCCAACAUUGUGGAAAGGGUUGAGAAAUUGGGUAUUAUGCCGGGAUCUCCUAUGUUCGUGCACGCGAUCCGAGGGAUGAGUACGAUGAAUAAUUCCUCGUGGGAGAGUAAGCUCGCAUUUCUAAAGAGCUUGGGGUGGUCGGAAGAGGAGAUCAUGAUCAUCUUUAAGCGAGAGCCGAUUUGUAUGACGUGUUCAAAGGAGAAGAUUCGAAGGGUGGUGGAUUUCUUUGUGAACACAUUGAAGUUUGACCAUUCAAUGUUGCUUACAAAUCCAAAGCUUUUUAUGUAUGGGUUGGAUAAGAGAAUUUUUCCGAGGUGUGCGGUUAUUCAGGUUUUGCAUUCAAAGAAGCUGCUUACAAAGGAUAAGAAGCUAAUUUGGAUAUUUUAUCUUCCUGAAAAGAGGUUCUUGGAGAACUAUAAGCUGAUUUGGAUAUUUUAUCUUCCUGAAAAGAGGUUCUUGGAGAACUAUAAGCUGAUUUGGAUAUUUUAUCUUCCUGAAAAGAGGUUCUUGGAGAACUAUGUGAUUCGAUAUGUUGAUGAAGUCCCGGGUUUGAUGGAGAUGUAUCGUAGAGGCAUUGCAGUCGGCCAAUUUGAUUCAAAGGACAGAAAAGUAGUGUUGUAAUUGUAGAAUGUAGUAGAAUGCAUAAUUUUGAAUGUUAUUUUUCAGAUCUUGAAGAAAAUGUUAUACAUGCACUGGCUGCUUUUCUUCAACGCCCCUUGUUGAUUUUAGCUUGUGCUCUGGA